UGCACACCAAGUGAACGCCAAAUAAAAUGUGCAUAAUAGUGCGGAAUAUAAUAAGUACUAUAUAAGUUUACAUGCGUUUUUGAGAAAUCGGAAAUAGCCUAAAUUACUACUUCCGGUCAACGGAAAUAACUCAAAAUUUGACAGAAGCCAGAGAAUUAGAUCUUUUACUUACAUGUGAAAGUUCAUUUAUCUAUCUGAAAUAGUACUCAAGUUAUAGACUUUUGAAAAAUUAGAAGUAUAAAAAGUUCCGGUUAUAGUAAAAUCGCUGAAAAGUUGACUAGUUUCCGUCGAUGGAAAAAGUAAUUUAAGCUAUUUCCGGUUUCCCAAAAAAAAACCGAAUAAGAAUGUAUAAAGUUCUAAUAUUCUACACUACUAUACAGAUAUUGUUUGCCGUUCAAUUGGUGUGUAAUUAUUUUUUCUACGAGAUUCUAUUCUAUUUUAAAAUGUUUAAGUAAUUAAAAAUGGAUUAAAAAUAUUGUCUAUAUCCCGAGUUGCCAUCCCCUGUUGUUUCAUAUAAGAAUAUUCCAGAAAGUUUAGGGGAGAAGAAGUAUAGAGAAUAAGUAAUUAAUUGGCGUUUGUGUUUAUGUUUGCGUUGCGUUUGUGUUUAUGUUAUUUCCGUUUGUGUUUGCGUUGCGUUUAUGUUUGCGUUUGUUUUGGUAUUUUCUUGUGUGUUUGCGUUACGUUUGUGUUUGUUUUUCCGUUUUUUCCGUCUGUGUUUGCGUGUACGUUAUGUUUGAGUUUGUUUUUGUUUUAUGUUUAGUUUUGGUUAAUUGAGGUUAGGGUUAAUUAGAAAGGUAAUAUAUUUCCUUAACCCGGAAAAGCAGGGUAUAUGUUGCUUAAUAAACACAGAAGUCAUGGUUCUUUACAUAUAGGAUUUUCACAGAGGCAAGUGCAGAAUUGUAACCAACGUGUUUGUAGUCAUGUCAGUUUUUACUGAAUUUACAUUGGCUAUUUUUGAGUUAUUUCGAUGUUGACAAGGUAAAUAAAUUCCAAGAUGGCUGCCAUCACCAAGUUAAUGAGAGGAAACUUUGGCAAUAAAAAAAAUAUGAUUUACUCUUUGAAAAAUAACUAUAUGCUAAAUGUUAUUGCGUUAUGUUUGAAAAGGAGCAUUUCGGUACUCAUCACCCACACACCAACCUAACCCAUAUUCUAGGCUAAUGUCAAAAUUAUCUUGUAAUGGAAACAUUACAGAAUGAGAAUAUUAAGAAAAUGAAGAUUAAAUUUAUUUGAACCAUGGCUUUCAACAGGCAUAUACUUUAGAAAAUGUCCUGCAUUGUUGAGCGACGGCGCUCAUCUAAAAUUAAACUAUUCGUAGGAUUUCCAUCGUUCAUAAAGUAUUAUACGUUAAGCCCAAUUAAGAAAAAAAGCUCAUAAUCUUUUACUAUAUUUUGGAGUAAUCAGCUAAAAAUUUUAAGUGUAGAUCUUCAAUCUAAUUUAUUAUGUAUUUUCAAAUUGUGGAUCAGUUAAAACCACUACAUUUAAUAUGAUAUGCACGUUUUUCAGCCUUUUUACUUUCUCGUAUAUACGAGGUAUAGAGAAACUCUUGUAAUCGUGCAAAAAUAAAAAAAUCGAGAUUUUUGUAAACCUCGACUCUUACACCUCCCUGAGUCGGAAAAACAUAGUUUUGCAAUCUUGUCCGUAUGUCUGUGUGUGUGUCUGUGUGUGUAAACACGAUAACUUGAGUACUGUUAUAGCUAGGUUGAUGAAAUUUCAAAUAGAAGUAUUACAUUAAAAUAGUAGAUCCGUAUCAACUUUUGAGCGAUUUCCGAAAACCGGAAGUGGUACUUUUUCUACUUUGAAUUUCUCAAAAGUCUAUAACCUGAGUACCAUUUCAGAUAGAUAAAUGAAAUGUCACAUGUAAGUAAAAGAUCUAAUCCUCUACCUUCUAUCAAAUUUUGAGUAAUUUCCGUUGACCGGAAGUAGUAAUUUACGCUAUUUUUGAUUUCUCAAAAAGCUAAUGUAAAUUUAUAAAGUACUAAUAAUAUUAUGCACAUUUUUGGCGUUCACUUGAUGUGCAAUUCUUUUUUCUACGAGAUUUUAUUCUAUUUUAAAAAGUUUAAGUAUUUAAAAUGGAUUAAAAAUCAUGUCUAUAUCCCGAGUUCCCAUCCCCUGUUUUAUAUAAGAAUAUUUGAGAAAGUUUAGGGGAGAUCAUUCCCGGUUUAUUAACUUUGCUCGUAUAUAAGAAGUAUAUCUCGACGUUUUACAGUUCUCUGAGUCGGAAAAACAUAAUUUUACAAGCUUGUCCGUAUGUCUGUGUGUGUCUGUGUGUGUGUGUGUGUAUCUGUGUGUCUGUAAACACGAUAACUUGAGUACCGUUACAGCUAGGUUGAUGAAAUUUCAUAUAUAAGUAUUAUAUCAAAAUCGUAGAUCCGUAUCAAUUUUUCAGCGAUCUCCGAUAAUCGGAAGUGGAAUUUUUUCUACUUUCAACUUUUCAAAAGCCUAUAAUUCGAGUACUUUUUUCAGAUUUAUAAUUGAAAUUCUUUGCCAUCUUUCAAAUUCUGAGUAAUUUUCGUUGACCGGAAGUAGUAAUUUAGGCUAUUUCCGAUUCCUCAAAAAAUACAUGUGAAUUUAUAAAGUACUAAUAAUAUUCCGCACUAUUAUACACGGAUUGUUUGGCGUUCAUUUGGUGCGUAAUUAUUUUUUCUACGAUGAUCUAUUCUAUUUUAAAAAGUUUAAGUAUUUAAAAAAACCAUGUCUAUAUCCCGAGUCGCCAUCCCCCGUAGUGUUAUAUAAGAAUAUUCGAGAAAGUUUAGGGGAGAUCACUCCCGGUUUAUUAAAUUUAAGAUCAAAACCUUUAGACUACAUUUACCAUGUUUGGCACAUUAUUUCCUUACAUUUAGAAAGUUUGAUUUUUACUAUUCCAUAAAAAUUAGAUCUACUUCCUGCGUAAAAAAAAACACAAGCUGUGGGCUACUCUGUCAUAAGUGUAGGCAUACAUUCUGAACUGUUUUUUUUAUUUAUACAAAACUGAUCGACGCACAUUUAAUCUUCUGAUCGACGCACAUCUUCUGAAUGGAUUCCGAAAGAAGAUGGAAACAGCCACAGAAAGAAAGAAGAAGUAUAAUACCCUUAGCAAUGAAGGCAGAAACAGACCAAGAAGUUUUACCCCAACCCUCUGAGACCGGCUCAAUAAAACCAAACGUAUCCACGCAAAUCCCUAAAGUUUAUCUCAAGUCUACCGUCUCUUUUAGAAACAAAUGCCGAGGGAUGGGGGAGGCGAUGGAAAAAGGAAAUUCUUCCGGGAACUCACCAGAAGCAACAGUAUGCGCUGAACAGCCAUGCAGAACACGAGCUGGAUCAGAAGAGCCGGUUAAAAACCGGAAAUGGCCGGUCUUGGAUGAAAAAGUAAGAUCAAUGAGAGAGAAGCGUGCCAGGCAUGGUUCUACUGUUUAUAAAGCCAGCAUUCAAAGCCUGACAUCUAAUGAUGACAGUCUCCAGGAGUCUAACAAAAAUGUUGCCAAGUACAAUCCGAAAUCUUUUGUCCAUUCUAGCUCUGGCAAAAAGUCGUUUUACGCAAAAGGCAUUGCAAUCGGCCAACAAGAUCUGGACAAGAAACAAAGUUCAGAGAAGCGAACAACAGACACUAAUGUGGCAACGUCUGGAGCCUGCUAUGUCAGAGGGAGUCAAGAAAAAGCACAGACAAAAUCCAGUGAUAAAUCAAUGGAGUCUAGCUACUCCCGGCAACUAUGUAGUCACGUGAUGGCAACUCAGUCUUCAAAGUCCAGUCAUGUGCAACAUGUUCCCAGCAAGCCAGAUAAGGUCAGCCAUUUUCAAGCUGAGAGACACGAGAAUUCGCCAUUGCUCAACAAUACACCAGUACAAAGCAAUACACCAGUUCCAAGCAAUAUACCAGUACCCAUUAGAUCCAAGACUUGUAAAACCAGGACGAUAAAACAAUUUGAGAGCAAGCAGAAAACAUGGCAGAUUCAAAAACAAAAAGCAAAUGCUGCACAACUCAGAAAGUUGGGAUUUAACAAAGAGUUAACCGCCUUGAUUGAUUGCCAACAUGAUCUGGCUAAAACGAUUCUGAAUCUAAAGUUGGAGUUAGACACACUAGCAUUUGGACUUGUGGGCAGGCAAGAGGGAAAUCCACUCCUCAGAACUGGGCAAGGAGUGGUGAACCGCUCAAAUGAUGACAAACUGAAUAUAAGUUAUCAAAGGAAUGGCGGCAAUCCAUUUUGUGCUGAUGCACUAUUAGAAGCGAGGGAUUGCUGGUUUGAGAAAGGCGAGCCAAGAAAGGUGGAGCUACAUUAUGUUUGGCCUGAGGGGAACGUCAAUCAAACGGGACACAGUCACAUUGAUCGGGGCAGUCAGGCCAACCUUUCAACAAACCAGAGAGACAGAUGCACCCAACAUUAUUUGGACCCGCUACCUGAUCAAUCUCUAACUGUUAGCCGUGAGCUGCCCGCUUUAGUUGCUGGCUGUGACCUACAAGUUUUAGCUUCUAGCUGUGACAGAAGUAGGCGAGCAGACAGCGCAGCUACCCAAUAUUAUAUUCUGGCCGCGAUUGUAGCUUUUCAAAUUUGGUUCAUGAUCUUCUAUGCCUAAUGAAAUUUUGUAUUCGAUACAUAGGCCCUAUAUAAGACAUUUUUUUUUACAAUUAUAACGUUUAAAUUAAUUAUCGAUUUUCAAUCAAAUGUUUAUUUAUAUUAAG